AUGAUUCGCAGCCUUGAUCUCACCGUCGCACACCAGGUCCUGCGACCGUUCGUCGCACAAAUAGGCGACAACACGGCCCCUCCCCUCUCCGACCCAUCGCCUCUCCUCACUCGCCGGCUGGGCUUCACCAUAAAAUACGAAAGAGACGACCCCAUUGACCCUCGGGAACUGUCCGAGCUGCCAGAUGUCCGCCUGUGGUUUGUCCGCCUGGAUGCCGCCUACCCGUGGUUGCCAGCGGUGCUGGACUGGCGAGCGGGAGAGCUGGGGCGGUAUGCUGCAAUGUUGGUGCCGCAUCAGAUGAGCAAGCGCAUGGGUCUGGUGUUCAAUCCAGAGGCAGUGGAGCUAUGGACCAUGAACAAAGCCUUCAUCAUCCAUGCAUGGCUGGUUGCCAGAGGGGAUCCCCGGCCUGACGUCAGGGUCAAGGACAUGGCCAAGUGUCUUGGUUUCUCCCUCUCAGAUUCCCUGUUCAGCCUGCUAAAUAAUAGCCCUAAAGUGUAA